AGCCGCCUGGCAGCGGCGGCGCGGGCUGACGGCAGCCGCCCGGAGGUGAGCGGCGGCGGCUCGGGCGGCCGAGGCGGCGGGGCCGCCCCCGCCGUGCCCCAUGCGGGCGGCGGGGCGGCGGCGGCUCUGAGGGCAUCGCUGAGGGCGAUGUCGGAGGCGGGGGGCGCGGGCCGGGCGCGGGCCGCCGUGGAGCGGCUCUCGGAGGCGGUGGGCGAGCGGCGGCGGCGGCUGGGCACCGCCAUGGGGGAGGCACGGCGGCAGCGGCGGCUGCUGCUGAUGGUGGUGUGCGUGGCGCUGCUGCUGGACAACAUGCUCUACAUGGUCAUCGUGCCCAUCAUCCCCGACUACAUCGCGGCUAUGCGCGGCGGCGGGGGCACCGCCGGCCCGUCCGCGCCCGCGGGGGGCAACGGGAGCGGCGGCGGCAACCGGAGCCUUCUGCCUGCGCGGUACCCGCCGGCCACGGGGACCAACGAGGACGUGCAGAUCGGGGUGCUGUUCGCCUCCAAAGCCAUGCUGCAGCUGCUGGUGAACCCCCUCAGCGGCACCCUCAUCGACCGCGUGGGCUACGAGGCACCGCUGCUGGCCGGGCUGGCCGUCCUGUUCCUCUCCACCGCCACCUUCGCCUUCGCCGAGAACUACGCGACGCUGUUCGCGGCGCGCAGCCUGCAGGGGCUGGGCUCUGCCUUUGCGGACACGGCCGGCAUCGCCCUCAUCGCUGACCGCUACGCCGAGGAGCCGGCGCGGAGCCGCGCCCUGGGCACGGCGCUGGCCUGCAUCUCCUUCGGCAGCCUGGCCGCCCCCCCCUUCGGCGGCGUCCUCUACGAGUUCGCGGGCAAGCGGGUGCCCUUCCUGGUGCUGGCCUGCGUCUGCCUCCUCGACGGGCUGAUGCUGCUGGUCCUGGCGCCGCCCGGUGGCACCGGGGCACGGGCCAACAUGCCAGUGGGCACCCCGAUACACCGCCUCAUGAUUGACCCCUACAUUGCCGUGGUGGCAGGGGCCCUGGCCACCUGCAACAUCCCCCUGGCCUUCCUGGAGCCCACCAUCGCCAACUGGAUGAAGGAUUCCAUGGGGGCCAGCGAGUGGGAGGUGGGCCUCACCUGGCUGCCCGCCUUCUUCCCCCACGUGCUGGGUGUCUACGUCACCGUCCAGCUGGCUGCUGCCUACCCACACCUGCAGUGGUUUUACGGGGCCCUGGGCAUGGCCAUCAUCGGUGCCAGCUCCUGCCUGGUGCCCGCCUGCAGGAAUUUCGGGCAGGUCAUCAUUCCCCUCUGUGGCAUCUGCUUUGGCAUCGCCCUGGUGGACACAGCCCUGCUGCCCACCCUGGCUUUCCUGGUGGACGUGCGCCACGUCUCAGUCUAUGGCAGCGUCUAUGCCAUUGCAGACAUCUCCUAUUGUGUGGCAUAUGCCCUGGGGCCCAUCGUGGCCGGCCAGAUUGUGCACACCAUGGGCUUUGCACAGCUCAACCUAGGCAUGGGGCUUGCCAACGUGCUUUAUGCCCCUGUCCUUCUCCUCCUCAAAAAUGUCUGCCAAAUGAAACCCUCUCACUCGGAGAGGAACAUCCUCCUUGAAGAAGGACCUAAGGGACUCUACGACACCAUCAAAAUGGAGGAGCGCAAAGGCAUGGGCAAAAGCCUCCAGCCAGCGGGCGAGAUGGAUGAGAAUGGCAUGGGCUCUUACCACAGAGACCUGAAAGGGGUGUCUGAGGAGGACUCAUCCGACUAUGAGUACAGUUAGGUUCCCCCAUGCAGCCCAGACCCAGGAGCAAGGAGAGACCUGUGGGAGAGAGGCAAAGCAGGGGGAGGAAAAUGUUACUGCAUUAUGUUUCUGUACUGACGUGCAAUAUCUACAGUUUAACCUUUGUCAUGAUGUAACGGCUUUCUUCUAGACUUACUUUGAAUCAGUAUUUCCCUCAGCAUUCCAGCAAAGUGGAGGGGGUAGGAAAUGGGAGAUAAUACUGAAAAAAUAUUGGAGUAAUCAUUAGCAGAAUCUGAGGGGAUCUUUCAAAACAAUGCCAAAAAGAAAACAAAAAACCCAACAGCUUUAUAGCUGGGGUAUAAUUGUGCAGAGUGUUCUCAAACUGAAACUGUGUGUGACAUACUGUAUAUCUCUGUAAAAAUUACAAGAAAAGCAAAAAAGUAUGUGUAAAAUUUCAAAUUGUGUAUUCAGGGACUUAGUAAAUCUUGUGUACAUAUAGACUUUCAGUUGGUUUCCUAUAUUUAAGAAGAGCAACAGCUGUCUCAUUUCAUUCUUCCCUGGGAAUAAACUGAAGUAUUGUACCUUUUUUUUCUCUCUUGUGCUGCUCUCCGGUAAGUGCAAUAUGCUGUAUUAUGUUGAAGUCCAAGUUACAAGAAUAAUAUGAUCUGAAUAAACAGAAUUGAAGGGGA